UGCAGACCUGCGAUUUUUCAGCAUCGCUGUCCGGACCGUUUUAGUGGACUCACAUCUGUUGUCAGUCAUGAAUGCCAGCGUGGAGGAGACCCGUUUUUUAGCCGUAGAAGUCGUCCUAGCGUGCACCCUUCUGCCCAUCAUGGUUAUGGCCGUCAUUGGGAAUAUCAUGGUCAUCGUAGCAGUGACGCAAUCGUGGAAACUGCGCAACCACGUGUCAAAUGUGUUCAUCGUUAAUCUGGCUAUUACUGAUUUAGGUUGUGCAGUAUUGGUGAUGCCAUUUUCGUUGGUGUCCGUGUGGUAUAAUGAAUUGGUAUUUUCAUUAUUCUGGUGCAAGUCGGUGUGCUUCUUCAACUACCUGUUCAUCAUCACCUCCAUGUUGACCCUGGCUUUGAUCUCAGUGGACCGCUACAUCUUCGUCGUCUACCCGCUUCGCUACGACAUCAUAGUGACGUUCAGACGCGCAAUUGGCCUGAUUAUUGGAGCAUGGGUAGUCGGGUUUAUCUUCGCAGUUAUCCCGUCUGCCACCGGUUGGGUAUGGUAUGACAACAGCGAGAUAAUCUGCACGAUAGACUGGGAGACGAUGCCAACAGAACCCGUACAAGUCUACACGAUCUGUGCAUUUGUUGUCUGCUUUGGUAUACCGGUCCUAGUGAUGAUGUGCUGCUACUGGGGCAUCUAUAAAGUAGCCAAAAGACACGCUGCACGGAUCACUCCAACACUUUUGGGGUUGAUCGACAGUUCGUCAUCAGAUACUCCCAGUCGCAUACUGAAAGUAAUCAACAACAGACACGUCUCACCACGGCAACUUAACUCAAUUAAGAAACACCAGCCAUCAAGGCACAGCUUAACACCAUCUACGAUAUCCACAUCACCGGAGUCAAGUUCAAGCGCAGAUCGGAGAUUCUCUUCGCAGUCAUCGAGCGGUCGACCGAGCUACUCCAAGGCAAUCAAGCCGAUCCUAAUCAUCAUCAGCAUCUACCUCAUUACCAACUUACCAUUCUCUCUCACGAAACUCAUUAAGGUUAUCUCGGAGGAUAAUUCUGCUGUACCAUUUUAUGUGAACACAGUUGCGUCCUUGAUGGCCUUUGUCAAUCCAUCUUGCAACCCUGUCGUUUACUCCAUUCUUAGGGACGACUUUAAGACCGCCUUCCGGAAGAUUCUCCCGAUCCCUACAAUGUGUCGAAGAUUGUGCGGCAGGAGGAACCAACCACAAGCACCUCCCAAUCCGAGCCUUGUGGCUUCCGGCAGAGCCAGGGCGAUUUCCGGAACAAAUGAACCCACCAUCUAAUGCAGUAAAGAUGACAACUCGUUCAACACUGGACAUGUUGGGAAAUUACUAAAAAUAUAUAUCACCACAAACAUCUGGUAAUGGGCAACAAAGAGCUAUUGAUAGUAUAAGAUGUAGAUGUAGGACAAUUAUUAGCCAUUCC